AGUUGGCAGGCUGCUGCGGGAGGCGGUGGCGGUAGGAACCCAGAGGCAGCGGGGUGACAGACUUGGAAAAUAUUUACAUCUCAACAAAUGAAUUCCACACUGGAAAUCUGCUGCAUUCCUGUGCCACCUCCUCCUUUAGAAAAUUGACCUUAAAACAGAGGUAAAAGGGAAAAGGAAAAUAGAAGGUGGAAGAAGAUGCUGGGAUCUGAACGUGGGGUUGUGGAAGAAUGGUUAUCAGAAUUCAAGGCAUUACCUGACACUCAGAUCACCAAUUAUGCAGCAACUUUACACCGGAAAAAAACACUGGUACCAGCCCUCUAUAAAGUUAUUCAAGAUUCGAAUAAUGAGCUCCUGGAGCCUGUCUGCCAUCAGCUCUUUGAGCUCUAUCGUAGCUCUGAAGUUCGACUUAAAAGGUUCACACUGCAGUUUUUGCCAGAAUUGAUAUGGGUUUAUUUACGGCUUACAGUUAGCCGAGACAGACAGAGUAAUGGUUGUAUUGAAGCACUUCUGUUAGGAAUUUACAAUUUGGAAAUUGCUGAUAAAGAUGGAAACAAUAAAGUUCUAUCUUUCACUAUCCCUUCCUUAUCUAAGCCUUCAAUAUACCAUGAGCCCUCAACAAUUGGAUCCAUGGCUUUGACUGAAGGGGCAUUGUGUCAACAUGAUCUCAUCAGAGUUGUUUAUAGUGAUCUUCAUCCUCAGAGGGAAACAUUCACUGCACAAAACCGGUUUGAAGUCCUGAGUUUUCUCAUGUUGUGCUAUAACUCUGCUAUCGUGUAUAUGCCUGCCUCAUCUUACCAAGCUCUUUGUCGGAUGGGCUCCCGGGUUUGUGUUAGUGGGUUUCCACGGCAACAUGAAAAACACUGGAAAGAACUCUGUGGUCGAAUAGUAUUGGAUCCUGAAUUUAUGGUGCAACUUCUCACAGGAGUCUAUUAUGCCAUGUAUAAUGGGCAGUGGGACCUUGGCCAGGAAGUCCUUGAUGAUAUCAUUUACAGAGCUCAGCUAGAACUCUUUUCUCAACCAUUACUGGUCGCCAAUGCCAUGAAAAACUCAUUACCAUUUGAUGCUCCUGAUUGUUCACAAGAAGGCCAGAAAGUACUUAAAGUAGAAGUCACUCCGACAGUGCCGAGGAUUUCUCGUACUGCAAUUACAACAGCUUCAAUCCGUCGUCAUAGAUGGAGGAGAGAAGGUGCUGAGGGCAUAAAUGGAGGAGAGGAAUCUGCAAACCUGAAUGAUGCAGAUGAAGGAUUUUCAUCAGGGGCUUCCCUCAGCAGUCAGCCAAUUGGGACCAAACCAUCGUCCUCCUCUCAGAGGGGAAGCUUCAGGAAAGCAGCCACUGGGCGUUCAGUCAAGGAUAGAGAGUCAGCCUCUGCAGGCAAAUCCAGUGAGAGCCCUCGAGAGUCGGUGGUUCGCAAGCAGUAUGUACAGCAACCAGCUGAUCUUGGUGUAGAUUCCAUGGAGCUGACACCGAUGAAGAAACACCUGAGCCUGCCUGCUGGCCAGGUGGUGCCAAAAACCAAUAGUUUAAGUCUAAUCCGGACAGCCAGUGCUUCCUCAAGUAAAUCAUUUGACUAUGUAAAUGGCAGUCAAGCAACUACCAGCAUUGGGGUUGGCACUGAGGGAGUUACUAAUUUAGCUGCUAACAAUGCUAAUCGCUAUUCAACUAUCAGUCUACAGGAAGACCGGCUAGGUCAAGCUGGAGAAGGUAAAGAGCUCCUCAGCCCAGGAGCCCCCUUAACCAAGCAGUCCCGAUCCCCAAGUUUCAAUAUGCAGCUAAUAUCCCAGGUGUAGCUUUGCCAUCCUCUCUCCUCUUUCUGCUUACCGUAUAAACUGAACAUUUCAUUGUGCAAGAAGACACUUCAUCCCACAUUGUGAAAAUAUUGGUCAUUGUAUUCAGAUUUGAUUUAGUGUAGGUAUCUUCAUACUGUAUUUUGUACGGAAACAGCAAUAAGGUUUUCUUUCCUCUCCUGUAUCUUCUCUUCACCUAUUCCUUGUAAAUGUGUUUGUGAAGCAGUAUGAAAUGUUUGCCUUUUUCAUGCCUUCCUUUCUCCUUGGGUGAUGUGCAAUCCAUCGUAGGCUGAUCAGUCCCAUUUCAACACUGUGAGACUGAGGAUAUAUUAGAGGAAAUGGUGUAUAUGAUCCCUAUGAAAUGAUUAUUUGGCUUUGUUUUAAAAAGACAAAACGGGUUUGUUCUCAUAAUCUAUGGAACUAUGAAGACUACUGGAUCAUAUAUUUUUCUCUCUUAACCAGGAGUGCCUCAGAGAUUCUUCUAUGACUUUGGACUUCUCUGAGUCUGUGCAAUCAUGUCUUGAGAAGCAUGGGGAAAGGUGGCAGACUGCUGCACUUUUUCAUUAAAAUGAGGGUAUCUUUAUUUUCCCCAUCUCUUUUUCCUUAUCUUCUUUAUCCUGACGACAUAAAUGUUCAAUACUGAGGCAUUCAAAUCAAGUUGUGGCCUCCUCUGUUGGAGAGGGGGCUCUUAGUUGAUUAUGUAGUUGAUAAUGCACUUUCAAUGGCUCUAAAGUCAUAAUUAACAUACAUGUCUUCCCUCCUCCCCACAAGGACAUAGGGUCAUUUCUGUCCUUCAAGUUUGAACAACUAACAAGUUAGAGCAUCCAAGGGGCGUGUUCUGUUUCCCAGGAAUGAUUGAUACUUUGGUGCUGAGGUUUUGUGGGGAGGGAGGGGUGGUUUCUGUUUAGCUUGUGUGGGAUUGUGUGUGUGUGUUAGCAGAGAUUUUGCUUGGUUUUUUGUUGUUUUCCUUUGUGAGGUGAUGAUGACUGAAGUAGAACAAGUACGUCUUCAGGUAAAGAAAGGGAUUUCUCAGUCCACUUUCUGUGAUGUCAGACUAUUGGAGAAACCCUUUCAGCUGCUUUCUAGACGUACCUAAAUUCAGUCAGAUAUUUUGGAUUAAGAAACCCGAAGUCCUGAUAGAUCAUAUACUCCAAGGAAAUACAUCAGGGACAGAUAAUUGGCUGAAAACACUGACGCUUCAAUGUGAAACAUUUUUAUAGAACAUUUCUACCAGGGAGUACUGACUUGAUUUCUCCUACAAGGACCACACUGCCUUUGUGUUUAAUGUAAUGCAAUUUGUGUACCUUCUAAUCACAUAUCUGCAAAAGUUUCUCAUUUUUGUAAAACUUUGAAAUCAUGCCAGUAAGCUAGAUGUUGAAUGUAUGUAAGCAGCAUUUGGUAACUGUGCUAAGAGGCUACAAAAAUACAUUAUUGAUUUAAAAAAAAAAAUGAAGUUCUGAUUUGGUUGGUUGGAUAAAAUUUCAUUAUAACCUCUUCAGGGUCUCAGGCUCUACUGCUUGAAAUAGAAGGGAAUGUAUUGGGUUUUUGAAAAUCUGUAUAUUGUGAGCUAAAGUGUUUUUAAGUUAUCCUUCCAUACAACACAUCAGAGCUAUUAAUACUUUGUACAUUUAAACAUUUUUACUUAAAUAUUAUGAAAAAAAUAUAUACUGAAUUUAUAGAAAGGAGGUAUUCUCUGAAUUAACAACAAUUAAAAUUUUAACUUUACCAACUAAAAUUACAAUAGAUUUUGAUUAAGAACAUAAUGAAAAAAAAAUUCUUUGUUUAUUUUUCACACUUAAAAAUUCCCCUCCUUUUUCUCUUUUUUGAUUAUAAGAGUAUUUUUUAAAGGGGCUUUCUGUUAAAAUCUUUAUAAGAACACUGAUAAUCUAGUUUGAAUUUUGUGGUCUGUAACGUUUUUCAGAUCAUGUGGAAGUGGAAAACUAGCACCUGUGUCUAGUAUCUACUACAUUGCCAAAGUCUGCAGUAAAGCCAGAAGGUGAUAGAUGAUUUACUGAUCUGUGUGUGAGUGUUUGUGUAGGAGGUGUACAUGUAUGUGUAUAUAUCAGAAAGAUAUAUUUUAGAUAUCUUCUUAAUGGAUGUCAAAUAAAUUAAAAAAAUUAUUAAACAGCCAAAAUAAAUGAGGGGUAAAUGUGACAUGCUAAGAAAAGCAAAGUUUCAGUGUAAGAGAAAAAGAACAUAGUACUUAACAAGGAGUGAGAUC